AUGGAUUCCAACACUGCUCCAAAGAUCAUUGACAUCCGCCAAGAUGGCGGAGGUCUCACGCCGCUGGUGCCUCUGAUUCGAGACGGCCUCAAUGCCAAAGAAGGACAAGAGAAGAAGCUGCCCACAUUGUUGCUGUACAGCGAAGAUGGCCUGAAACUAUUUGAGAAGAUCACAUACCUGGAGGAAUACUAUCCCACGGGCCAGGAAAUACAGGUUCUGGAAGCAUACGCUGAUCGCAUUGCCGACCGCAUUGCUCUCGAGUCGGACUCCAUGCUAGUAGAACUAGGUAGUGGUAAUCUCCGGAAAGUCCGUAUACUCCUGGACGCUCUCGAUCGUAAAGGCAAGAACGUGUCAUACUAUGCACUAGAUGUCUCGGAAGUAGAACUACAACGCACUUUGGCCGAAGUACCACAAGGCACCUUCAAGCAUGUGCAAUGCCACGGACUGCUUGGAACAUAUGAUGAGGGUCUCGACUGGUUGAAGAAGCCCGAGAAUGCUCAUCGAUCAAAAACAGUCCUGUCUCUGGGCUCAAGCAUUGGAAACUUCUCCAGAGAUGAGGCUGCGCAGUUCCUCUCUCAGUUCUCGGAGACACUGGAUCCCAAUGAUACGUUACUGUUGGGUGUCGACGCUUGCACCGACGCAGACAAAGUUUACCACGCCUACAACGAUCGCGAAGGUCUGACACAUGAGUUUAUCCUUUGUGGUCUGAAACAAGCAAAUAGGCUACUUGGCUACGAGGCCUUCGAUGUUAACAAGUGGGAGGUCAUUGGACGCUACAACAAGGAGACUGACCGACAUGAAGCGUUCGUCUCUCCCAAAGAGGAUGUGACCAUAGAAGGUGCUCUGAUCCGCGCAGGUGAGCAAGUCAGGAUUGAGGAGAGCUACAAGUACAAUCUAAGCCAGAGUGAGCGACUCUGGUCCGAUGCUGGCUUAACAGAGGGUGCCAAGUGGACCAACGCGGACGGUGACUAUGCCCUACACUUACUCAACAAACCCAAAGUCCAAUAUCCUCUGGUUGCUGAACAGUAUGCCGCACAGCCUGUCCCCUCUCUCGACGAGUGGAACCAACUCUGGGCUGCUUGGGAUGCAGUCACACUGGAGAUGAUCCCUGAGGAAGAUCUACUAGAGAAACCCAUCAAGCUGCGCAACGCUUGCAUCUUCUAUCUCGGCCACAUCCCCACCUUCAUGGACAUCCACCUCACACGUGCAACUCAAGGCAAGCCUACAGAGCCAAGCUCGUACCCCAGCAUAUUUGAGCGAGGAAUUGACCCUGAUGUGGAUGAUCCUGAGCAAUGCCAUGCGCACAGCGAAAUCCCGGACUCAUGGCCACCUGCAACCGAAAUUCUCGACUUCCAAUUGAAAGUACGAAUCAGAGUCAACAAGCUGUAUGCUUCCGGACAAGCAACCAAAGAUCGUACCGUCUCAAGAGCAUUGUGGAUCUCGUACGAGCAUGAGAUUAUGCAUCUGGAGACGCUCUUAUACAUGCUUGUCCAGAGUGAGAAGACCAUGGCUCCUCCCACGACGGUGAUGCCCGACUUCCAGGCUCUGGCGACUCAAGCAAGACAAGGUGCUGUUGAAAACCAAUGGUUCGAUGUUCCAGCUCAGAAGAUAGAGAUUGGUCUCGAGGACCCGGACGACAACUCUGGUCCUGAUCAUUUCUUUGGAUGGGACAAUGAGAAGCCCAAACGCACCGUCCAAGUUCCAGCCUUCAAGGCUCAAGGAAGGCCGAUCACCAACGGAGAGUAUGUCAAGUACCUCGAAAUGAACCAUAUUGACACCCUCCCUGCAUCUUGGCAGACUCUCACCCGCACCAAUAGUGCAGAGUCCAAUGACACAUCGUCAGACUUCCUUCACGGCAAGGCUGUACGUACUGUGUACGGACCAAUCUCUUUAAAGCUGGCACUGGACUGGCCUGUCUGCGCGUCAUACGAUGAGGUUGCAGGCUGCGCCCGCUGGAUGGGUGGCCGCAUUCCGAGUAUGGAAGAAGCUCGAAGCAUCUACCACUAUGUCCACGAAACAAAGGCCAAAGCACACGAGUCAUUAGGAGCCAACAUUCCCGCUGUCAACGCGCAUCUUGUCAAUGACGGUGUAGAAGAAUCGCCACCAUCCCAAGACUCAUCAUCAAGCUCUGCAGGUCCAAACCCGAACGAUCUGUUCGUGGACCUGCUGGGAGCUAAUGUUGGCUUCCGACACUGGCAUCCUAUGCCCGUUUCCCAGCACGGCAACAAGCUUGCCGGUCAAUCAGAGAUGGGCGGUGUUUGGGAAUGGACCAGUACAGUGCUGGAAAAACACGAAGGGUUUGAGGCCAUGCCCCUCUAUCCAGGUUACACAGCCGACUUCUUCGAUAGUAAGCACAACGUCGUGCUUGGUGGAUCUUGGGCAACGCACCCGCGCAUCGCAGGACGCAAGAGCUUUGUCAAUUGGUACCAGAGAAACUACCCCUUCGUCUGGGCGGGUGCCCGCAUGGUCAAGGAUGCAUAA